AUGAACUUUAUCUUAUUAUGGUUCAUAACAAUAAUUUAUUUGUUAAACAAAACUUCUAGCAAAAUAAUAUUUGAUACUAUAAAUACAAAUAUUAAUUGGUUAUAUUUAACAAAAUUUUCUUUUCAUCCAAUUCAUGGACAUAUUGAUAUAAAUUUAAAUUCAUUUGAUGAUAAUAUAAUAAAAUUUUUUGUUUUAAAUAAAUACGAAUGGAAAGAAAUAAAAAAUGAUUUAUCAAAAAUUUGUUUAAAAAACGAAUUACAAUUAAAUUCGAUUAGUAAUGAAACAAAUUUAGAGGUUCUAUCAUUAUCUUUUACAACUAUUGGUCAAAUGUAUUUUAUUUUAAGUAUAUGUAAUUCCAGUUUAAAUACAACUGAUUCAUCUUUUACAUAUAAAUUAAUCCUAACAAAUGGACAUAAUUUAUUUAUGAAACAUUUUUCUGAUGAUGAACGAGGAAAUACCGAUGGAUUUGUAUUUCAACUAUUAAUAUUUCUUGCUCGACUGUUUCAUAUAUGUGCUGACAUAUUAUGUCUUUUUAUUUUAAUUCUCUGUGCAAAAGGUUAUUUAAUUAUACGUGUUCAUUUAAAAAAGAAAAUACUAACAGAAACAAUAUUAAUUAUUCUAUUAUAUGUACAUGUACAGAUAGUUAUUUUAAUUAUUAGAACAAUAUAUGUCGAUCGAGUAUUUAUCAAUGAAAAUAUUUUCAUUAUAUGUGAUUAUAUUCAAAUGAUAAUGUAUUUUUUAACUUGUCUUUGGUUUAUUGUAUCUCUUAUAUUAACAACUAAAAAUUCUACUAAAACAUUUUAUUCGUUUAUUAUUUUUUCUUUUUGGUUUUUAACUAAUGCAAUUGUUAUUUUACUAAAUAUUCUUGAUAUUAUACCAAAUUUUUCAAUAACAAUUCUCAAAGCAAUAACAAUAACUAUUCAAUCUUUAACAUAUUGUAUAUUUAUGUUUAUUAUUCGACGAAAAUCAUCUUUAUUACGAACAAAAUUAAAUCAAAUUAAUAUAACUUAUAUUGAUCCAACAUUAUCAAAAUCUCAUAUUAAAGAACAAUUCACAAGACAAAAUACCAUCAAUACUAAUUCAAAUGAAUUAACAAAUUUAUGUUCUAUUGAAAAUAUUACCAUAUCGAAAUGUCGAAUGCCUAUAAAAUCUUUCGAAACAGUUUCACGUCUUGAACCACGUCGAGAUGUAUUAUUAAAAACUUUGACACAAUCAUCGAUUAUUUCAUCCCAACCUUCGAUAUAUCUCGUUCCACGUCGCUUACCACCAUUGAAGCCUAAUGAUCAAUGA